AUGUCGGACUCGGACAAGGCAGGCAACACCGCCGUGGCGGUUGGCAUCGAGCAUGCCCACAAGGAACAGGCUCCCCCGGCGGCCACGGUGGCCAUCGACAAGGCGGCAGAGCGGCGCCUGAGGAACAAGAUUGACCUGAUGAUUGUGCCCACGGUUGCCUUGCUGUACCUCUUCUGCUUCAUCGACCGCGCCAACAUUGGAAACGCCCGCCUCGCCGGCCUCGAGGCCGACCUAGGGCUCGUCGGCAACGACUACAACGCCCUGCUGUCCGUCUUCUACAUUUCCUACAUUGUCUGCGAAAUACCGUGCAACAUCCUCUGCAAGUGGAUGGGCCCCGGGUGGUUCCUCCCGACGACGUCGCUGGGCUUCGGCAUCGCCUCGAUCGGCACGGCCUUUGUGCACACCAAGUCGCAGGCCAUGGGCGUGCGAUUCAUCCUGGGCGUCUUCGAGGCCGGCAUGCUCCCCGGCAUCGCCUACUACAUGUCGCGCUGGUACACGCGUGCGGAGCUGACGUUCCGCCUGUCUCUGUACAUCGUCAUGGCGCCCCUGGCGGGUGCCUUUGGCGGGCUGCUGGCCUCGGCGAUCCUGACGCUGCCCAACUUUGGCAGCCUGCACAGGUGGCAGAUGAUUUUUGCAAUCGAGGGCAUCAUCACAAUCGGCCUGGCGCUCAUCUCGUUUCUCACCCUGACCGAUCGCCCCCAGACGGCGCGCUGGCUCAACGCCGAGGAGAAGCAGCUGGCGCUGGCGCGCAUCAACGUCGAGCGCGUGUCCACGCACGAGGUCCUCGACAAGCUCAACAAGACGAAGCUGCGGCGCGGCCUGUUCAACCCGGUGGUCCUGGGCACGGCCCUCAUCUUCGCCUUUGACAACGUGACGGUCCAGGGCCUGGCGUUCUUCCUGCCGACCAUUGUGCGGACCAUCUACCCGACCGCCACGACCGUCACGCAGCAGCUGUACACGGUGCCGCCGUACGUCGUGGGCGCCUUCUUCACGCUGCUGCUCCCGGGCAUCUGCUGGCGCACCGACAGCCGGCAGUACAUGGUCAUUGCGGCCGCGCCCAUGGUCAUGGCCGGCUACAUCAUGUUCCUGGCCAGCCACGCCUCGGCCGUGCGCUACGGCGCGACUUUUCUGAUUGCCAGCUCCGCGUUCGCCCUCGGGCCCAUCACCAACGCGCAGGUCAGCGCCAACGUGGUCAGCGACACGGCCCGCAGCACGGCCAUCGGGAUGAAUGUCAUGUUUGGCAACAUUGGCGGCCUCAUCUCGACCUGGUCGUUCCAGUCCUGGGACGGCCCCAACUACCCGAUCGGCAACGGGCUCAACCUCGCGACCUCGAGCUCCAUCCUCGUCUGCGGCACGCUGCUGCUGCUGUGGAUGAAGCGCGACAACCGCCGCCGCGCCGCCGAGAGCUCGCGCGAGGAGCUCAUCGGCAUGUCGGAGCAGGAGAUUGAGGACCUGGACUGGAAGCACCCUGAUUUCCGGUGGAACAUCUGA